GCCAAAGGCAAUCUAAUGGAAUUUAUCGACGCAGCCCUGGAAGUAAAUAAAAUAAUAAAAUAAAAUAUUGUAAAUAAAAAGUACAAAUUGUUAGAGAAUCGCUUUAACAUGAAUUGUUGCAUCUGCCAGUUCAAUGUACGGGGUUCCAGGAAUAUACAUGAAGAGACAAUUGGACAACCACCUGUCCUGAUCAGUGAUUUGGUUCUGCAAUGCACGAAAGGAACUAACUAUGUCUUGACUGAGGAGAACUCUUCGAUAUGCAAAAAGUGCAGUGAAAAGCUGACUCGCUAUCACAAGUCGAUACAAAUAGCAAGAAAAUUGAGGAACGAAAUCCUUGAACUAAUCCGCAGUCCCUAUGUCAUAAAGGAUAUGAAGGCGAUAGCCAAGGACGAUGUGAAAGUAAAAGUGGAGCACAUUGACAAAUUCGAUGGAAAUAUUGUGGUAUCGGACGUAACCGUGGCUGAGGUCGAAGCGGAUAUAAUUGGCGAUGGGGAGACGGAUAUUGAUGACACUGUGAUUGUGGAACACUUGCAGCAUGGGUCACAGACAGUCACAGUAAUGGAUCCCUCUACAAUGAUACCGCCGGUGGAAGAGGAGCACACAGUAUUCACCAUAAAAGAUGUGGAAGGUGUUGAGGUGGAAACAGAAGCCGAUGGAGAGGAGGAAGAGUUUCAGUCAGCUGAUUUAGAAUUGGACAUCGAGAAUGAAAUCAUCAUAAAUGAGGAGGAGGAGCAAGUGGAGAACGACAUCGAUGUGCAUGUUGACGGCGAGGAGGUAAUUAUCAAACCAAUUUCCGACGAAGCCGAAUUCUACAAGGAAGACACCAUAAGUGAUUUCGAAGAUCAACUGGAUGGCACCAUCGAAUACAUUAUGUCCGAUACAGAGGAUCAAGAUAUCGAGCAAGAUAGUUCCGGCGACUAUACAGUUAACAUUCAAUGUCCCAGCUGCCCAGAGAAGUUCACAAGUCGUCGUGGAUACAACGCGCACACAAAGCGUGAGCACUUUCCUGGCUAUGUCUGUGAUCAGUGUGGCAAAACCUUACAAUCAUAUUCGGGCUUUAUUGGCCACCUGCAGAAUCAUGAGCCUGUCAAGCAAUUCGAAUGUCCCGAGUGCGGGGAACGCUUUAGCCGGAAGUUCCGACUGAAACAUCACAUGGCCUGGCACACGGGCGAAACACCCUACCAAUGUGAGGUCUGCUCCAAACGAUUUGUUCACAAGGUGGCCCUAUAUAAGCACAAAAUGAUCCACGACAAUGAAACGAAACGCUUGGAGUGCCAAGUGUGUGGUUUUAAGACGAGAACCAAGGCUCAUUUGGUGCGCCAUUCACGCUCCCACACCGGCGACAAGCCAUUCGCCUGCCCAGUUUGCAGUAAACGUUUCUCCCAAAUGUACAACAUGAAGGCCCAUCUGCGGGAGCACGAGAGUCCAGGCACGAAUCGUCAUCGACGAUUCCAUUGCCCCAAAUGCACGCAUACCUUCAUCAACGAACAGAACUAUGUGGCUCAUGUGCAGCGGGAUGACUGCACUCCGGUCUAACCAACGGAACGAAAUCGUCGAUGAAUUUACUUUUAGAGCAAUAAAUUCAAUAUACACGUAUAUAUAUAAAACAUAUAUAGAAUAAAUCGUUAUAAAUUACUUUCCACAAAA